AAUUGGUGUCUGAUAUUCUUUGUUCUCUUUGGACAGCUCUCUCUGCUCGGAUACGCCCAAACAUGCUACUGGCCCGACAAAUCGAUUGCCGAAACCUUGACAUCUUGCAAUAGCGUGGCAAAGAAUAGUCACUGCUGUGGUGCUGACAGUCUGUGCCUGGACAACGGCGGACUCUUCUGCUGUGGUAUGGGUUGGAACGACACAUCCGGACUUUGUCUUGCCGAAUCAGCAAGUGGCAACUUACAUCCGUUUGCCAUUGAAGUUGGUGUCGCCAUUCUGGAUCGAACGACUGGAGCCACGGUUGUGAAUACUACGACAUCAGGGACUGCCAACAGCACCGCAACG